UACGCUCAUCUUGUUUUCGUCCCUAUCCAUUAUUUUGUCAUCUGUUGUUUAUGUUCGUGGCAAGAGACAAAGCAUUCCUGUUGGCGACUUCCAGGAAAAACCACCCGUUUAUCUUAUCAAGAAGAGAAAAACAAAACACACUAUCAUGUGCAAUCCAACCACGCCAACUACUGCUGUCGCCUAUAGCGAAGAAUACUGCAAGUCCAUCCUAGUCACGGGCGGUGUAGGCUUUGUCGGCUCGCACAUCGCCGAGGGCCUCCUCCGUCUCGGUCUCAGGGUCGUAGUCUACGACAUAUUCAACUCUGAGACAACCAUCACCGCUGAGAAGCGCGAGAACGCCGAGAUACUUCGUCGCACCGCCGAGGAGUUUGGUGGCGAUGGUGGUGCCUCGCUGGAAAUCGUCCACGGGGACAUCCGCGACCGAGAAAGGCUGAUGGAGACGAUCGCCCAACACGGCAUUACAGCGUGUUUUCACGUGGGCGGCAUGGUCGACGAUCGGCGAUCCGUCUUCCAUCCCGAAGAAUACAUCGACGUCAACAUUCGUGGCACGGCGACCCUGCUCGAUUGCCUCGGCAAGAGCGGCGUCAAAAAGGUCGUCCAGGCUUCUACACGAAGCGUCUUUGGACAGCGCGAGGACAGCGAGGUACUGCUGACCGAGUCGGCAGAUAGAAGGCCCGUCAAUCCCUACGGCGCCUCCAAGGUUGGUGCCGAUGCCAUGGCUCAUUGCUACAGUCGUAAGUUCGAACGUGCUCCUGCUGUGUUUUGCGACUCGACAUCUGUUCGCAAAGUCCAUUAACGAAAACGAUCUCGCUAAUUCUCCUCGUGCUACUAUUCUUUUCCCAAUCAAAUGCAUCGGAUGUUGCACCACUUCAGAUUUACACCACAUGGACGUAACGCUGGUCCGAAUCUUCGCGACCUAUGGCCCCAGGGGCCGUCCCGACAUGAUCCCGCGCAUCCUCAUCGAAAAUAUUGUCAACGACGUGCCCGUUCGCAAGUUCGGCAACGGCACCGCCACACGAACAUGGAUCUACAUCUCAGAUAUUGUGUCCGCCUUCCUCUCUGCAUUUCGCCAUCCCUCCAGUGGAUUCGCAGAGUUCAACACCGGGGCACCCAAGACCACCACAUUGAACGAAUUGAUUUCCACCGCAGAAAAGGUUGUGGGAAAGAAGGCCAUUAUCGAGCCGUGCGAAGUCCCUCCCGGAGAUGCUCACAUCGUGGGCCAUCCAUCGUAUCAGUUGAUUCAGAAGACUCUGGGUUGGAGUCCCAAGGUGGAUCUUGAGGAGGGCCUGAGACUAAUUUACUUGGAUUAUACUAGUAGGCAGGUGGUGGUGGGCUGAACCAGCACAGUAUUACAGUACCGAUUGCACCAUAUUCUGUGCGUGCGUACUGUACCCCAGUGAUUGUCUAGGAAUCAUAGGGUACCGCUCAUAUCUAUGUAUCAUACGAUCCACCAUACCGGGGGAUCUAAGAGGUUUAAGAUAAAAAAUUGACAGCAUUUGAAAUGCCAAAAAUAUGCCAUACGCCACCAAAAACUAGCAUACAAUACCUGGUAUGUACUGUAAUACAGUAACACCACCGAGUUCGUGUUUACUUCUACUUCUCUAAUAAUCUCCGGAAGAAAGUAUCUUUAUUGAUUCCUAAAUUUAAAUUUGUAUGGAUCUACUACGGAGACCGCCUGUUUCAUAGUAUUGCUCCAAUCCAUAUCACCCCUUUGGAAAGUAUCAUGUCCUCCCCGUCGUCGUCUUCGUCGACUUGCCACGGACGCCUGGCCUACGGUGUCCGGCGCCUUCGCCCGGGUGCCGAACCUUCCUUCCAAAAGGAUUUCGAGGCCUGGCUUGCCACACAUAACGAAUCGCGCCUCGCCGCGGCACUCGCCUUCCCGGACCCCUCCGAUGCCCAUCUCUUGCAUCUCUUGGUGUGGGACGACAACACCACGGAGGAGGGUGCAGACGAUGUUCUACUAGGGCCCGAGAGCGACGCCUUUGAGGAGGAGGACGCCGAUGGGGUCCUUCAUGUCUACGGAAGCGGAAGUGCCACCGGCGGUGCAUCAAAUAGCACGUCGACGAACCGGAAACUGCCCCCCGUGCACAUGCAAACCCCCUUGGCGGGGUACAUGCGACGGAGAUUGCGCACCACGGCAGCCUCCAAAGAUACUGGGAGUCUCCUCUUGAUUGGCGUGUUUAAGCGUGCCAUUCAUUCCGGGAAACGCGACGAUCUGGCACAAGCCUUUCAGCGCGUUUGCGAUAUUUGGUACAAGACGGUGCCGGGCAUUCUCGCGGCCAUGGUCUUUCCCGACCCGACAGAUACUGGCUUUGUCCACGACAUUCGCAUUUUUGACGAUAAAGCAAGCUACGACGCGCAUGUGGACAAGUCCAACCCGGAGCUCACCCGUGCCAUGGAGGAAUGGUUCUCCCACUACGAUACUUCGAUUCCGCACAAGGGGAUCAUGGUGGCGGAGGACACCUCGGAUCCGGCCAUGCACACGAGUUCCAUCAAGAAAAGACCGGUCAAAGUGGACUUCAAUGUCUUCCACUACGGACAAGGGGGUUGUAUGGGACGAUGCCUGCAUGUCACAUUUUGACAGAAUAUAGCAGCUGCAGAUGU